GACGUCAUCUCAGCAUUCCUACGUCAACGCCAAUGGCGCCAUUCCAAUUUGAGUGCCGGCCAGUAACUUUAUUAGGUAUCUGUUGUCAAAUGGCGAAACGUGUGGAGUCUGGACUCACAUUUGCAGAGGUGAAUGGCGCCAUGCCAGAGGUGAAGGCACAGGUUGCAAUGGGCACCAGCGCUUUCUUGGUUCUGUGGAAGGAGCGGGAGGAGAUUAGGGUUCUUGCUUAGAUUAGGGUUCGGAAUUGUGAUUGACCAGGUUGCUACAGAAUUUCACAAGUCUUUGCUGCUUGCUUGCACUAUCUAUCUUUGCUCACGUCCUUUUGAAGCUGUACUGAAUCUGCAUGAUCACCACAGAGCUGUGAACCUCACCUGUCUCAGAUGUGGAGCUGAGAUUGCUAGCAUUUCAGAACUUUAGAGGCAAUACGCAGCUACUAGGUCAGAAGCAAUGCCAGCUUUUCAGGUCGAAGAGGGGUCGCAGGAGUUGGAAGCCCUCAGAGAGCACUGUGCGCAGCUAGAGAGACAGUUAGAUGAGCGGGACAAGGAGCUCUCAUCUCUCCGGAUAUUGGCGGCAGCAGUAGCUGAUGGGGAUGAGCAUGAUGUCCACGGGGCCAAGGUGGUGGAGCUGUCUAGGAAGAACCGCGCUCUGAAUCUAGCCUACGAGAAGGAGAAGACACGAGCCAACAAGUUCAAGUCCCAAGUCGAAGUUCUGCAACAGCAGCUCGCUGCCGAGAAGGAUAGCACCUCCAAGUCACAGCGGCGGGGCAGCAUCAGCGGAGAGCAGGCGGAGGUGCUUGCACGGGGGGUGGCAGAAUGGAAAGAAAAAGCGGGCCAGGCGCACCAGCGCCUCGCCGAAGCCCAGGCGAUGAUUUCGGCCACCCGGGGGGAGUGCGCCCGUUUACAGCGUGCGCUGCAAAAAGAAGUGGGGGAGGACGUGCCGCUGGCGAGGGUCUUGGAAGAAGGGGGGGACUGGAAGGGACGCGCGCAGCAGAUCAGCCUGCUCAAGGACAAAGUCCGCGAGCUGCGCUCGAAGCUGGCGCAGCAGCCGGGCGCCGAUUCGGACAGCGUGACAGGUACUAGCGGACGUCCGAGCAGCCUGUUCGAGCAGCACCGCGAGACGCUGGAGGCGCUGGAAGAAAAGCGGCGGCGCGAGAGUGAGCACGUGGGGGCGGAGCUGGCGCAGGCGCGGGAAGAGCUGAGUCGGCUCAAGCUGAAGCACGACGCGGCGGUGUCGCGUAGGAGCACGCUGGAGGGGGAGGUGCGCGGUCUGAAGGACAAGCUGGCGGUGGUGCUCAACAAGACGGCCAACGACGACCGCCUCGUAUCCGCGCUGCGGGCAGAAAACGCGAGCCUGAAAAAGACUGCUCGACGCUCUUCUUUAAACGUCCCGUCGGAGCGCACCUCGACGGCCGGGGAUGAGCAGCGGCUGGCGGCGCAGUACAGCGAGCUCAAGUACAAGUACUCAGAGCAGGAGAAGAAGCUCAAGGCGCAGGAGAAAGCCAUUGAGGCCCUGCAGGAGUUAGCCUCCGCCAGCAAGCCAGACCGGGAGGAGACGGCGCAGGAGCUGCGGCGGGUGGAGGUGGAGCGGGACAAGCUGGCGAAGCUGGUGGCCGUGCUGCGCAGCCAGGUGCAGGAGAGCGAGCAGCACAAGGACCACGUCGGUCGGCUGCUGCAGUUGGAGAGGAUAAGGGCUGUCGAGUUAGAAAGGCGCUGCGAAGCUGGGUCGAAAGUGCCAUUGAGCAGACGAUCAAGUCCGUGAUGGGUCCCAUAGUCUGCAACAUCCUGGCCCUGUAGUAACAUGCCAAGUCAAUAUCUGCAUGUGGGCGGCAUGGCGUGACGUUGGCCGGUGAUCUGAAUCUGCCCUGGGUCCGACGUUUCCAAGCUAUACGAGGAUUGCACAACAGUUCACCUGCAAU